CGCGUGUUAAAGGACGCAAUACCAAAAAGGAAUUGGAAUAAGGAUGACUUACCAAAUUAUUUACUUGAACAAAUCUGGCACAAACAGAAUAAACAACGCCUAUGGAAUGCAUAUAUAGAAUGUUUACAAAACAAAUAUGAAGAUAUUAUUGAACUCAUUGAAGAGUAUGAUACUGGGACCUCUAGACUCUUAAAAGAAAAUGCAAACCUCUUUUGCAAAUAUAACCCUAAAAGAAUUAUUCAAAGAAGGGAAGAACACGUCAACUGGGCUACAUACAACGAACAGCAUGAUAAACAUCACUGUUGCAGGAAAGAAUAUAAUAGACCGACAGCUAAAGAAGAUCUUUAUUACAUCAAAGGACUAUUUAUAAACCCAUACACAUUCCAAGUAAUCUAUAUUGAAGAAACACUUUAUUGUAAAGGAUGCUAUUCUGAAAUGCAUGAAGCAUUGGAUUUUAAAAACCCAAAAAUCAAAAUACAAGACCUUUUUAAUAACGAACUACAAUCAGAAAGUGACGGAUAUGAAGAACUAAUGGACGAUGAUAAAGAUCCAGAAUUGUGCGAAGCAAGACUCUUAUCGAUAAACCAAGAUAAACGAAAGCAAGUGAACAUAUCACUCUGCAAGGAAUGCCUAAUGCCUAAAGAACAAAAUGAAAAAGGGUAUUGUAAAGGUUUCCAAAGAGAAAUCGACACAACAGCUGUUAACCUCAUCACAGAAGAAGAAUUUAAUGAACCACACCCUGAAAAGCCCAAAAAAGAAACCUCAAAAGAAAUACAUGAUGAAAAAUCCCAUGGUCAAGACCUACUUUACCGGAAUAAUAUCAGUCAAAAGAUUAAAGAAUUAUAUACCAUAUUCGGAUUAAUGGCAGAACAACAAUUUAGGCUCACACAAGAAAACAAGGCCCUUGUAAAAAAGAUCACAAUCUUGGAACAGUUGACCCUAGAACUCCAAAAUAAAAACCAGAAAUUAAAAAGAAAACUGAAAGAUACCCAAGAUUACAUAAACCUUGAAGACCCAUCAGAAGAUGAAGAUGAUGAGAUGAAAUACGCAAGACAAUUCAGAAGCCACAAAGCAAAAUACAACAAUAGAUUCUGA